CCAAUGCUGGUUCCGACCCAACAUUUGCGCUUCUGCAUAUUUAACAGAAAAACAGAAAAAAGAUAACAGAAAAUGGAAACCCUGAUUCUAUGAAGAGGAAGAGCUAGAAAACAAGUAUACGGAUACUUCGAGUUCAUCAUCAUACGAUACGGAGUGGAUAAUGCAUUAGAUACAGCAUACAUGCAUAGAUAUAUAUAAACACUGUGAGCGUGAAAGAGAAAAGGAAGCCGGCAAAAGCCGGACGGAGCAAUAGAUAUCCAUAUACCGUAUACGUAUACUUCACCGGCUGAUUUCUAGAAUUUGCAUAUCGGAACCUCCGAUCAGCGUUGAACGGUCAAUGUGGAUUCUCGGUGGUCGGAAAAUGAGCCGAACAAUGGAGCCUGUAUACCGAUCUCACAUAUCCGGCUAUCAGAUUGGAGUGCACUGAUAUCACCAAUCGUCAGAUGACUCCAUCCUAUUGUUUGGGAUAGUCCCAUUUCUCUGUUCUAAUUUGUCUUGAUAUGACUUAAUCUGUUCUUGAGCACUGCUCGGGUGACUCAGAUCUGUGUUUUAUCACUAGAUGAUUGCUUAUGGCUUGGGUAUUUUGUGAUUCACUCACAAUUGGCUUCUGAGUUUGUCAUCCAAUCAACAGUGCAGAGGAGACUGUCGUUGCCAUCACUGUUUUGCCAUUGUUAAAUUUGGCAAUCUUUUCAUGUCUCCUAACUUGGAUAGCCCUGUUCAGACUCAAAUGGCUGUGGCUGUCUGCAAAAGCUCCCUUGGCGGGGAGUAUCACAGGAACAAAAUGAUGGAAGGGAAACCUGCUAGCUGGAGACGUGUUUUUGUGCAAACUGAAACUGGUUGUGUAGUGGGCAUUGAGUUAGACCGCAGUGACAAUGUGCAUACUGUGAAAAGAAGAUUGCAGGUUGCCCUUAAUUUCCCAACUGAGGAAAGUUGUUUGACAUUUGGUGAUACCGUGUUGAAGAAUGAUUUAAGUGCUAUUAGGAAUGAUUCCCCUCUUCUUCUCACUUGGAACUCAUUGCAUAGAAGUUCAUCAACUCCCUGUCUUUCACCUACUGGGAGGGAGAUCCAACAGAGAGAUCAAAGUGUUCCUAUUGAGAUACUGGGUAAGACUAGUAGAUUUGCAAAGACAAAACAACUUGUCAAGGAGAUUGCUAAAGCAAUGAAGGCUGGGAUUGAACCCCUCCCUGUUCAUGGUGGACUCGGAGGGGCAUAUUUUUUUAGGAAUAUCAGAGGUCAGAAUACUGCCAUUGUUAAGCCAACAGAUGAAGAACCAUUUGCCCCAAAUAAUCCAAAUGGGUUUAUCGGAAGAGCCCUUGGACAACCUGGUUUGAAGAGUUCGGUGAGGGUUGGUGAAACAGGUUUCAGGGAAGUUGCUGCAUAUCUUCUCGACUAUGAUCAUUUUGCCAAUGUGCCUCCCACUGCAUUGGUGAAGAUCACUCAUUCAAUUUUUAAUGUAAAUGAUGGUAUGAAUGGGAACAAGCCUCAAAACAAAAAGCAACUUGUCAGCAAAAUUGCAUCUUUUCAACAGUUCAUCCCACAUGAUUGUGAUGCUAAUGACCAUGGAACCUCUAGCUUCCCAGUUGCUUCUGUUCAUCGUAUUGGGAUAUUAGAUAUUAGGAUAUUUAACAUAGAUAGGCAUGCGGGAAAUAUUCUAGUUAGGAAACUUGAUGGAGCUGGGAGGUUUGAUCAAGUGGAACUCAUUCCCAUUGACCAUGGCCUUUGCCUACCAGAAAGCUUGGAAGAUCCAUACUUUGAGUGGAUUCAUUGGCCACAAGCUUCUAUUCCAUUCUCAGAUGAUGAGCUUGAGUACAUAGAUCAGCUUGAUCCUCUACGUGACCGUGAGUUGCUGCGAAGUGAGAUCCCCAUGAUUCAUGAAGCUUGCCUCCGUGUACUGGUCCUUUGCACAAUUUUCCUUAAGGAAGCUGCUGCCUAUGGCCUGUGCCUUGGAGAGAUUGGCAAGAUGAUGAGCAGGGAAUUUCAUAGCAGUGAGGAGGAACCAAGCGGGCUGGAGGUAUUAUGUAUCCAGGCUAGAAAGCUAGUUGCUGAGAGGGCGACGUUUUCUCCCAAGGAUGAAGUGGAUGAUGAGGAGUUUCAAUUUGACAUAGAUUGUGAAGAUGUGCAUAACUCUACUAAAAAACUUGGUUCUUUGGAACUUAUGACCAAAAAUCAUUUUGCAUUUGGUGGAGGGAAUGGUUGCUCCUUACUUCCUAAACUUGAAGAAAGUGUUGAGGAGGACGAGGAGAAUGAAGUCGAGGAACAGGAAAAGAGUUUUAUUAGCAUUCCUGUUGCUGCUAACUACAAGACUAUUUCCAAAAUAUCCAAGUCUCUUAAGAAUACCUUUGCUGGGGAGAAGAAUCUGAAGUAUCCAAAAAUUUCAGGAGCAAAACAGGAAAAGGGCUUCCUUGCUACUGCAUCAUCUGGCAAUCAGAGCGCACAUGAGCCGCUUUCUGCAAGUGUUAGCUUUGUGAAGCUAGCAGAUAUGAAUGAGGAAGAGUGGGCAAUGUUUCUAGGGAAGUUCCAAGAAUUGCUGAGCCCUGCUUUUGCCAAGCUCAAGUCUCAAACUCUUGGUCAUAGACAGCUACAGAGGCUUGGAACUUCUUGCCAGUUCUGAGAUUCAGGUAAUUACUUUGUCUUAUACUAAUUCUCUCGAUAUGACUAACAUUGAAUAAGAACUCUAGUUAAUGGAUUUUCUCCCUGAAGUUGUUGUAGGCUGGAAUAACAGCAGAAAGUUGUGUAAUUCUUCUGUAAAUAGUUCCUGAGCGCAACCGAGUGGAAGGGGAAACCUAGAACAGGUUGCUUUUCUAUAUUUUCUUUUUGCCUUUGUUAUGGAGACUUGACAGAUACAUAAUUUGUAGGGUAUAGUGUCAUACUUGGUCUUCUAUGUUGGCUGAAA